CGCCGUCGCCGUCGCCGUCGCCGCCGCUGCUGCCUCCUCCCGACCUCCUUCUUCCCACCUUCGCUGCGUCUGCGUUGCGGCGCUCCAUCAUCCGCCACUCGCACACGCCGUGCCUGCCCCUUUGCCGCGCUCCUCUCCGCGCAGCCGCCCCGCGCGCGUCUCUCCCGCAGCCCCUGCGUGGCCGCCGCGUGCGCUGGCCGCUGCCAGGCCGUCUGGCAAGCGUGCUGCGGCAGGUGGCAGCUGCGGCCUCGCCAGCACCAGCAGCUGUAGCAGUCGCAGCCUCGUCUGAGACGCCAGUCCGCCUCGCCGGCACCUGUCCGCGCAGCAUCCGUUGCCGCGCUGCGUCCGCCGAGCAGCAUGCCGGCCGACAUCCGCUCCUCGCCCUCGUGGGUCGGGCGCACCUCUGUGGCGCCUGAUCCUGCAUCUCGCGACUCGCCAGCCACAAACGGCGCCGCAGCGGCCGCACGCGCGAGCCUGCUCGGCGACGGCAAGCCCGGCCUGCGCCGCGAGCCGACGUGGGCGCGCAACAUCAACUUCGACGGCGGCUUCGACCUCACUGCCUCGCCGUCGCUGCCGCGCGCCGACUCGGACGGCGUGCGGCGAGCCACUGAGGGCCUCGUCGGCUCCACCAGCAGCAGUCCUCGCGCCGCACAAGGCGGCCUGGCAUCAGUGCAGACCCGCCCGCGAGGGCUGAGCUGGGACGCUCUGCGCAGCUCCCCGAUGCCCAACGAAGAGACGCGCGGCGUGGUGCCGUCGCAUGCCCGUGUCGCCAGCCAGGACAGUACAGCGCGGCAGCAAGACCGCGCAUCGCCGCGGAAGGCCGGCUCGUCCGGCACCUGGGGCUCUCCACAGGCAUCCGCAUCGCAGGUUGCACAGUCCGAACGCUCCACACCAAGAGCCGCUGGCACUGCCACGAUGGACACGCCAGACGGCACGCCACAGCAGGCCAAGACGCGGCGCUUCGUGGCCACGCCGCCGCGCGUCGGCUCAGAAGAGUGGGCCCGCACGAGCAGCCCGUCUUUCCCGGGCUCCUCGGCAGAUGCGUAUGCUCAGCGCGGCGACAGCGGCUCGUCUGCUCCCUCGCGCGAGGCCUUUGUCGACAUCAACGGCCUGCCGAUCCCUGGCGCCAGCCGGCCGAGCACCUCUAUGAGCCGCGACUCGAGCCGCGAUGCGCUCCGAGAGCCGCGCCGCGACAGCAACGGCACGAGCGGCUCGGCUGGUCUGUACGAUGCAAAGCGCGCCAGCGUCAUGUCCUUCCAGACUGCGCUCUCUGGCAGCUACCCGAGCAACCACAGCCGGAGCGAUCUCGAUGAGCGCCUGCAGCAGCUCGACGUCGGCCCGCCGAUACAGCCCUGGCUGCAGUCACAGGCGCAGCACGUGUAUGGCUCGAGUCCGGACUCUGAGCAGGUGCCUGGCGUGCCUGGAGGCUGGGCCGGCCGCGGUACAUGGGCGCCGGCGCCGCCGCCGAAGACCAAUGGCCUGCUCGCCUCGCCUCGACAGGCAUUCAGUCCUCUUGCAGGCGGCAGCUCGCAGAUGAGGCCACGCGCGCCCUCGCAAAGUGCGACCAGCACGCUGGGCUCGCGCUCGCGCUCGGCCUCGGCGUCGGGCUCUGCUGUGCUCGAUCUCGGGUCAUCGCCGGGGUUGACAGCCGCGCCGCACGAUGCUAGCGCCGCCGAGGUCACCGAGGAUCUCGACGACGUGGUAAUCAGCCGGCCAGACAAUGGCGAGAGCGUGCAUCGUGACCAGACGGUGCGGCCGGGGCACUCUCGCUCGUCGAGCAAACAGCUGCAAGAUGUCACGCGCGACUUUCCUCUGCCGCACCAGCCGAGCCGCGACGCCUCGUACACGUCUCAGGAAGCGGCGACACUGCCCUCGGGCCCGCCGAGCGGCGCGAGCGCUCCUUCGAGCAUCUACCAGCGCCGCGCAUCUGGCGGCCGGCCGUACGACGAUGCCGGACGUCGUGCAUCCGCAGGGCGCCUCAUGGAGGUACCCUCGCCACAGUUGCGGGCACGCCUCGACUCCUCGCUGCCGCCGUCACCAGCCGGGUAUCCGUCCCGCGAUGCACCUGGCCCAGUGCCACCAGCCAAGGACGAUCCGCGAAGGCUGAGCGAGAGUCGGCAACUGCAGCUCGGGAGCAUGGCCUCGCCUGAGCUCUCCGACAACGUCAUCCCGCCGCCUCUGCCGGCCAGCGUGGUGGCAGCGUCCUCUCGUGAUCGGCAGCACGAGUUCUCGCCGGUGCCCGACGAGGCGCCCGCGCCGGUCUCGGACUUCCGCCGCGCUCCGCUCGCGAAGAUCACCACAUCGGCCCUCGGCGAUGCCAGCGCCACGCCAGACGUAGACACGGACGCACUUCGUGCAGAUGCGACAGCCCAGCCGCAAGGCAGCCCUGUCGAUCUGUCCACGCCGAUGGGCCGCCGAUUGUCCUCGGGUCAGAUGCUGCCGCGUGCAGCUCUGGCCGAGGCGCCGGUGCAGUCAUCUGCGCCUCUCGCCGAGUCGAUCUCGCGCGCCUCCUCGCCAUCUGCUGAGACGCCGCCUCGUGAGCCGUCGCCGCCGCCAGAGGGCGAGGUCGAGGCGCGCGCCGAGUGGGAGCGCGCGCAGGCGAAGCAACUCGCAGCCGGCGCCAAGAAUGCGUCUAAGAACGCCAACGCCGCGCGCAAGACGACGUUCCGUGGCUCGAUGAAGCCUCUGCAGAUGGUCCCAGCCGCAGAGGUCGCGCGCGAUGACCGGAGCGCCCCGAUGCGCGCCUCCGCCAGCUACUCGCCCAUCGCGUCUCUGGGCACGCUCCCACUUGACUCGCCGCAGGCCGAGGUGCUUGACCCGAUGCAGCAGCCGAAUGGCCUGCGGCAGAACAGCGCGCCGGUCACAGACGGACCGCUGAUGGGCGAUGCGAAGGCCAAGGCGCGCACCAGCUCGGGCGUGCUCAGCACGCAGCAGCUGCAGCGCCAGCAGGCGCGCGACCAGCGCCGCAGUGUCGGUGCCAUCAACAUGGCCAUGGGCGCCACAGGCGACAUGGCCGGCGGCGCCAACGGGCCGUAUCCCUCGUUCCCCUCACCCAGCACGAGCGCCACCAAGGUCCGGCAAUACCCUGGCACGCUUCCUCAGCGCAGUCUCGUGGCUCCCUUCGAGCUGCAGCAGCGCCCUGAUGGGCUGCUCUCCGGCCUCAUUGGUCCCGACGGCGUCCGACGAAGCCCCAACGACCCGGAAGUGUGUCUCGAGUGCAUGAUGCGCGACGAGGACAUGAUUGACGUGCACGUGCUCGGCGCCAGCCUCUGGGAGCGCGAGAGCGACCGCGACUUCAGAGAGGCGUGCAAGAUCGAGGUCGAGGAGGACGCGCGCAAGGAGCGCGAGCGCGAGGCGCGCAACAACCCGCAGGCGUCGGAAAGCGCUUCUGGAGACCAGGCGCCAGCACCAAGAGAAAGCGUCCCGCUGCCGCCGCGACCGACAGGAGCGCGCGUCCGCGUGAAGCGCGUGGCCAAGGGCGACCCGCUCACGGCCGAGCGUCUCAAGCUGCACACGCAGAUGAAUCCGCCUGCCUCGUCGCACCGGUGGCGCACGCUGCAGACUUUCCUUGCCAUCCAGGCCAAGUACAUCGCCAUGGAGCAGCGCGCACGCGCAAACGCCGGCCUCGAUCGAGACCUGCCUCAGCGGCCGUCGCCGCACACAGCGAUUGGCUCUUCGGUCGUCACGCCGGACGAGUACGACAACAAGAUGGUGCGCACAGGCUCGGGCGGCAGCCCUGCCGACCUGGUGGCCAAGCUCUCGAGCAAGAACCGGGGUCAGCGCGGGUCUGGAAGCCUGCUGAUCGAAGAGCAGACUCUGGCGCCUGCGGAUCGCGAGGCCAAGGAGCGCGACAUUGCGCACGCGCGCGAUGCGCGGCGCAAGAUGGUUGCCAGCACGGCAGAGCCGUCGACAGCGGUUCUCGCAGGUAGCCGAGGAAGCUACGGCGCAGGCGCGAAGGUGCCCUCACAGCUGCAGCAGUUCGCCGCAGCCACAGAAGACGAGCGCAAGCGCCUGUCCGGGCAGCCACUCGACGAGCAGAGCGCCGGGCAUGCCAGCAUUCCACGCCGCUCGGCCAUGGUCACGCCGACGCCGAUGCGUGUGGGCAGCGCGCAGGACCUGCGCUCCAUCCAGGGCGCGAUGCACGGCACGCCGAAUCCCUCUUCGCCCGUGAGCCUGGCGCCGCCGGCUCGGCCAUUCGCGCAAGGCGGCAGCUCGGGCGCCCUCACGCGCGCCAACUCUUCUCUCUCGCUCGCGCAGAGCGGGUCGAUGGUCGACAUGCAUGUCGGCCUCGAGGACCGCGUCGAGCACCGUGUGACCCAGCAAGGCUUUGUGCCUGGCUCGCCGCUGGGUGCAGCUAGCCCGGGUGCGAUCAACCGCGCGUACUAUGGCUUCCCGGGCGAUGGCGACGUUGCUCCGCCAGCUCCCGAGAGGCAACAGCAGCCGAGCUACUCGAUGCCCGACGAGCGCGACACCUCGCGCGACACGAACCGCGGGCGCAAGGACUCAAUCAAGAAGAAGAAGAAGGGCGGCCUGCGCGGCUUCCUUUCUAAGCUGGCCGGCGGCGGUGGCAGCUCGAGCGACCGACAGGCCACGCCAUCUUCGUUCGACUACAGUCGCGACUCGAGCUCUCGCCGUUCCCCGAGCCCCAGCAGCGCACGGAACCGGCGCGCUGGCUCUCUCGGCCCGGACAUCUCGCUCGACCUGGCGCCGUCGCGCGCGCAGCAAGAGCUAACCCAAAGCUCGCGCGCGUCUACUUCGAACGUCUUGGGCGGCACGCAAGCACCGGAGCCUGAACAUGUCGUAUCUCCCAUCGCCGGCGACGUGUACCAGCAUCCGCCGGGUAUGAACAGCCAGACUUCGUUCGACAUGAUGAUUGGCGGCGGCCUCGGCGGCGACAUGGGCCCCUUCCAGACCGGGCCGCUGCCGCCGCCGCGGCACGACUCGCGUCUGCCACCCGCCUCACCGGCUGUCGAGGAGGCCCCUGCCGUGCCGACGAAGUCACCCCAGCCCACGCAGCAGCGCCAGUCGGGGUCCAGCGCCUUGCGGAGCGUGCCCUCUGGCUCGCAGCUGAACAACAGCGCCCCAGGCGACGGCCGACGCGAGGCUCAGGCAUCGUACAACGGCGCGGCAGUGCCUCCGUCGCCAGCCGUCUCCGCAACGCGUGGUACCUCGUCCUUUGCGCCUCAACGCACCUCAUCGCGCGACACCUCGUCUCGUCCGCAAGGCGUCGGCCAGGAUGCGGAUCAGGCCAGCAUCGCCUCGUCGCGUGCCAGCCGCCGUGAGCAGAUGCAGCAGCAGCAGACACCGCCGAUGCACAACCCGAAUGGCCCGAUGGUGCAUGGCCGCAUGGCCUCUGGCGGCAUGCAGGACGGUCGCUCGGGCUACGCGAACAGCGGCAACAACAGCUUCCCGGCGUCUCCCUCGAACUCGAGCACGCUGCAGUACGACGGGCGCAAGAGCAUGAACGCUCUGCGUGGUGCUGCCUCUUCCAGCUCGAUGCCCGCCGGCGGCUCGCAGCCCAAGCGUCCGCCUCGCAACCCGCAGCGCGACACCGCAAGCGAGAACAGCGCCGCCGACCACGUGCCGCCGCUGCCGUCGUCGCUCUCGUCGAACUUCCAGCAGCAGCAACAGCAGUACUACCAGACCGGCCCACGCGUGACUCAGAGGCCUUCGAGCCGCCUUGACAUGCCCGCGCGGGCUAUGACUCCGCAUCGCAACUUCGCAUCGGAGGGCUCCGACGCGACGCCCGCGGCCGAGAAGCGCAAGAGCCGCUUCAAGCUGCCGUCGUUUGGCAAGUCGAAGCGCGAGUCGCAAGUGGCGCCCAAGGCCGAGCCAGCACCGCUGCCACGGCGCGGAUCCGGCGACUUCUCGCGCCUCGGCCUUGGCCUGCCGCCGUUCAACCCGGGCACUGGCGCUGCGCCGCAGGCCGGCGGGGACAAGGGACGCAUCAACUUCGCCUCCUGGGCCAACCCGACGCUGCGCAGCCGCAGCUCGCGCACGACGGUCGACGACCUGGCCGGCCUGGCGCCGCCCAAGCCCGGCUUCAGCGAGCGCCUGCGCGCCGUCAGCACGCCGAUCGACGACCGCGGCCUGCCGCCGCGCUCGCAGUCGGCCAUGGGCAAGCUGCCGUCGCAGCGCUUUGCCGGCGGCGGCUUCCCCGGCUUCCGCAGCCGCAGCCGCAUGCGCAUGCGCGAGGAGGAGUCGGAGGAGGAAGACUAAAGCUAGGCCCAUUCCAUCUCGCUGCUCAAUCUCACCGGCGCUGCCUCACCUCAACGCGCCAUCUCUUGCUGCUCGCGCCGACUCCACACGCAACGACUCCCCCUCCCCUGCUACCCGCUCCCUGCGCGAGACGCAAGCCUCGUGCCGCUCAACUGAUUCCCCUUUGCACCCUGCGAAUGAAAAUGCUUGCUCCGGCUCUGC